GUUCCUUUCAGAACAAAAGCUCAUCCAUCCACCGACCCAGGCUUGGGUCUCACCAGACGCCAAUAACUUGUCGAAUGCCCAGAAGUAACUUAAGACGGGUUUGAUCGGAACCGCAGCUUUUCCUACCGGCUCGGUUCCAGAGAGGGUCCACUGGACCUCGAUAUUCCUGAUCUACAGAGUACUUCCCGAAGGGUAGGUAGACCGGCAUGAUGGUGUCUCGUGUUUCUGAACUUCCGAACCAAAGCUUAAUGCGAAACAACAUCUUCAGUUCCCGUCAGAACAAUCGCUUCUUCGGAUUUGUUGGUUCUGAUUAACAUCACACGUCAUCCAUUCACCGUCUCAUCCAUUUUAGUUGCACUAUGCAUUUAGUUUAAAGUCAGUAUAGUUUAAUUUGUUAGUAAUAAAAUUCUUAACUUUUAAACUUGACUCUCUCUAUUCUGUUGUCUCUGAGUGAAUACGAAGCAGUUAUCUAAUCCCUGCAAUAAAAAGAUCUAAUCUUCUGGUUUAAAUAACCCUGCGAUCCAUAAGGUGGAUUUCAUAUUUCCUAUGGAAUCCCACGCCUUAUGGCUCAUUAUUUAAAUGUAAUUAUACUUCAUUACAUCAGUAUACUCAUACACAUUAUAAGAUUAUUAUUAUUGUUGUUUAACAUUUUGCUUCACAUAGCUGUUAAAAACAUUUCCACUUCACAAAGGGUUAACCUCUCUUUAUAUCUGAGGGAAGGGGUGAAUUCUGAGGUGUUUGGAUAAUGCCGUCAAACAUGUCAAAUUCUGAUAUGCCAAAUUGAUCAACAAUGUGAUUUGAUAAAACAGAAUUAUUUCCUGAUCUAAUUCAGUUUCUAGCUGACUCCCGGUCCAGCCAAAUCGGGGAACAAGCAUUUUGAAACCAUCCUUCUUUUGACAUCAGGUCAAAGCCUCUCUGCAACGCUUGCGAGUGAUUACAGACACAACGGCUCUUUUAAGAGCUACCGUACAGCCUUAGACGCAAAGCAAGCAUUCCAGCUUCCUGUUGUCACCUGAUGAUUACUCAGACUAGAGGGUCACAUUCCAAGCUGUCUACGGGCUCUCAGAGGUCCACGCCACCGGCAGUGUCCAUCUCGACGUCCUGACCGUCUGGAUCGCUUGGUUGACGGGUCGGGACAAUAUUUUAGGUUUUGAAUCAAAAUAAGUCCAGAACUAAAAAUGCACUUCACGUACAGAUAACGUCACAAGCAAAUGUAUCAUAUAAACUUUGGGCUGGUCAAAUUAAUAUCUGUAAAGUUUUUUUGUGGGCCUAAAUGAUUGUUUCAGAUAUCCAGAAUUCUCUCUGUUAAAUCCCUAACUCUUCCAGGGAAUAACUCUUCAGUAUUUUCUCUAUUUGCCUUCCUGCCAAAGAUAUCCACAAAUAUUGUCUGAUGUAGAAUACCGUAGAUAUAUGAUUAAUAUGUUUUACUCAUUUACUUACAUUUUACAAAGUAACAAUUGCUACUAUGGCUGUAUCUAUUAUGUAACACGAAAUGAGUGAGGUUUGAUUAUAUGUUAGAACGGCCUGCUAUACAUUACCCUGCAGGAGGACUCACCAAAAUGGCAGUUCUUCACCUACUCUUGAGUUUCGGAGUAAAAGCUGUUUUAAUUCUAAUGUUUCUUCUUUUUAUUUCAUUUCUCGGUUACUGCUUUUAUAUUAAAUACAUCCACAUGAAAUAUGAGCACAUACCCGGACCACCGAGGGGAAGUCUUUAUGUCCCUGAAGUUUCUUUUUGGGACAUUCACCGACGUUUCUGAGGAUAAUGAAAAAUGACGGACUCAUACACGACAAGCUGUUGGAAUGGGCUGAGACAUACGGGCCGGUUUACAGACUGAAUGUCCUGCAUUAUGUUUUCCUGUGUGUGACCUGUCCAGAAGCUACGAAGGAAAUCCUGAUGUCAUCAAAGUACCCCAAGGACGAGUUUGUCUACACAAGACUCCAAACACUUUUUGGUCAAAGGCUUUUUGGCAAUGGCCUGGUAACAACACGAGAUCAUAAUCAGUGGUAUAAACAACGCCGGAUCAUGGACCCUGCUUUCAGCAGCCUGUAUCUGAGAGGUCUAAUUGGGACCUUCAAUGAUCGAGCAGAGAAACUGAUGGAUAAGCUCGGGGAUGCUGCUGAUAACGAGACAGAAGCCUUCAUGCUCAAACUGUUCAACUGUGUCACUCUAGAUGUGAUUGCAAAGGUUGCAUUUGGUAUGGAUUUGGACCCCCUGUCGAAUAGUUCACCUUUCCCCAAGGCCAUAGAGAUCUGCCUAAACGCUCUGGUGUACCAAAUAAGAGACUUUACCUUUGAGUACAAUCCAAAGAACAGACGGUUCAUUAAGGAGGCGAGGGAAGCAUGCCGCCUCCUGAGAAAAACAGGGGCUGAAGUUAUCCAGAAGAGAAAGACUGCCAUGCAGAAUGAUGAAGAUGUCCCAAAGGACAUCCUCACACAGAUCAUCAAAACCGCUGCAACAGAAAACAUGACUGAAGAAGACGAGGAGUUCAUGUUGGACAAUUAUGUGACAUUCUUCAUUGCUGGCCAAGAAACAACCGCUAAUCAGCUAGCGUUCUGCGUCAUGGAACUUGCAAGACAUCCUGAAAUACUGGAGAAAGUGAGAACAGAAGUGGAUGAUGUCAUUGGUAUGAAACAAGACAUAAGUUAUGAAGAUCUUGGAAAACUGAGCUACCUCUCACAGGUACUAAAGGAGACUCUGAGACUCUAUUCAACGUCUCCAGGCAUAUCUCGUCAGAUUGAGGAGGACAUGGUGAUUGAUGGUAUCCGCAUCCCGGGAGGAGUGCCCUGCAUGUUUAGUUCUUAUGCAGUUGGGAGGAUGGAAAGAUUUUUUAAGGACCCACUGAAGUUUGAUCCAGACAGAUUUCACCCAGAUGCUCCAAAGCCCUACUACUGUUACUACCCGUUUGCCCUGGGACCACGCUCAUGCUUGGGGCAAAACUUUGCUCAGAUGGAAUCAAAAGUUGUGAUGGCAAAGCUAAUCCAGAGGUUCGAGUUCUCCCUCAUCCCAGGACAGACCUUUGACAUUGAGGAUACUGGCAUGCUGAGACCAAAGAGUGGAGUGGUUUGCUCCAUCAGACACAGGAUGUGAAACUAAGUGGUGCUCUGUGACAUAGAAUAUGUUAGUUUUUCUUCCAAGCUGAGUUUUUUUUUGGGCUUCAGCCACAUGCUAUAAAUGUUGCAAAAGCAAGUUUAAGUAAGUUUAAUAAAUGUAAUUAAUUGAAAAAUAGAUGUUAACCGCACUGUUUUCUCAUAAACAUGUGAUGAAUUUUGCAUAUAUUUGUAAAAUUAGUGUUUCACAUUAAUUAAUUGUUUUAACAUUUACAUGUAAAUACAAACUAAUGUAUUUCUUUUUAUUAAAAUAUUAUUUUGAAUAAAGCAGUGAUGAAUAACCUUAA